AUGGCAGCUUUGAUGGGAAAGGAAAAAAUGUUUGAAUAUCUUCACGACAUUACACCUAUUAAUAAAGAUUUCAAGGCCAAGGAGCACAAGGACAUUCUUGUUGCAACUAUCGACAGUGACAUGUAUGGUAUGGAAUCUCUGUUCACGACUAGGGACAAGAUGACAAUGAAAAUUAUAUUUGCAAUAGUUUCAAAAUUGCUUUUCUUAUAUGCAGAUAUCGCAUUGAAAAUAUUGGAAGCUGAUAGAAGUAUAGACAUUUCUCCAGAUGCCGUGAAAGGAAGUGCUCUACACGCAUUAGCUCAAAAAACUUUGUCACACUAUGGUACAAGUCAAGAAUGGAUAUGUGAAAAACUCGAGAGAAUCACCCCUUAUGUUCCCUGUAAGACCAUUCUAUUUAUAAUAGAUUUGACAGGUUUCAAAAGGGUGUGUGGUUCAAUUCAAAUGCGGAAACAAGCCAAUCAGUUGGUAAAGGAGCUCUGCGCACAAUUAAAGGAUUGGGAAAUUUCAGUCAUAUGUAGCCAACGAGAAACUCCUAUGCUUACUGAUGCUGCAAAAAUUGGGAAUGUUGAGUUUUUGACUCUGCUUAUCCGAUCAUAUCCUGAUCUUAUAUGGAAAGCUGACUCAAAUGGAGCUAUUAAAGAUUUAUUGAUGUCCUUAGAAGAUAAAUCUGAAAACAACAUUUUGCAUUUGGCUGCAGAAUUACCACCUUCAAGCAGACUCAAUAUUGUCUCUGGAGCAACCCUUCAAAUGCAGAGAGAACUACUGUGGAUUAAGAGGUGGAGAAGAUUCUACGACCUUCUGAUGUUCAGAAGAAAAAUAUUAACAAAAAAAACACCUAGGGAGUUGUUUACGGAUGAGCAUGAGAAGUUACGGGUUGCUGGUGAGAAGUGGAUGAAGGACCCAACAACUUCUUACAUGGUUGUGGCAACCUUAAUUGCCACUGUUGUGUUUGCUGCAGCCUUUACCGUACCAGGCAGGCAUAAGGAAGUAACGGGGGCUCCAAUUUUCUUGAACGACAAGUGGUUCAUAGUUUUUGUGACAUCUGAUGCAGUGGCAAUGUUUAGCUCGACAGCUUCCAUAAUGAUGUUCUGGUCUAUCUUAACUUCAUGCUUUGGAGAAGAUGAUUUUCUAUUUACAUUACCAGCAAAGUUGAUGGGUGGACUAGUUACACUCUUUGCUUCAGUCAUUUGUAUGGUCUUAACAUUUAGUACAACCUUCUUUUUGGUCUAUAAGAAAGAAAAAGAAGGGACAUUGCCAAAAAUUGUUGCUGGUCUUGCUUUGCUUCCAAUCUAUAACAUCCCAAUUUCUUGA